AUGGAGGACCCCAUUGAGUAUUUCUGGAGAUCCGAGAGGCAGGACGAACUGCAUCUCCUGCUGACUGACCAGGAAGCCUGGGAGAGCUUCGUGGAUGAGGCUGACUUGCCCACGGAGGAGGCAGAGGUGCUACUUGAACAUCUGAGAGCACUGGAAGAAGAGUUGUUUACAGAGGACAUAAUCAGGCUCCCGAGUGACCCCCAUGAGAGGAAGUGCUUUUUGAAUGAGUUUCCCGGCUUGAAACAGAAGCUCGAGGAGCAAAUACGAAAGCUCUGUGAGCUUGCCGACAAGGCUGACGAGGUACACAGGAACUGCACCAUCACCAACAUUGUGGCCAGUUCUGCCGGUGUCGCCUCCAGUGUCCUGACCAUCCUGGGUCUGGGUCUGGCCCCUGUAAUGGAAGGGACCAGUCUGACACUGUCUACAACUGGGAUAGGGUUGGGAGCAGCAUCUGCUGUCACCAGUGCGUCCAGCAGCAUCAUGGAGAACACAAAAAUGUCAUCCCUGAAAGCCGAAGCCAGUCAGGUGACAUCAGCUGGCAGUGACAAAGGGAAGGAAGCUGCAAAGGCUAUGGGUAAGAACAUAGCCCGAGCUACUUCCUUAACAAGCAAGUGCAUUCAAGCCCUGCAAAACAUUAGAAUGAAUGUUCGUGCCAUGAGGCUGGCCAAAGCCAAUCCUCACUUAGUUGCCCAGGCCAAGAGAUUCAUGACAGCUGGGAGUGUCUUGGUUCGGAGUGGGAAGCAGGUGUAGAAAGCGUUUGGAGGCACUACUCUGACAAUGACAAGAGGAGCCCGGCUCAUGGGUGGGGCCACUGUGGGCAUCUUCCUUAUGAUGGAUGUGGCCAACAUUCUGGAAGAAUCAAAGCACUUGCAUGAGGGGGCAAAGGCAGAGUCGGCUGAAGAGCUGAGGCAGCAGAUCAAGUUGCAGGAGAGCAAGCUGAAGGAGCCCAUCCAGACUCAUGAAUGUGUGAAGAAGACCUGA